UAAUUAGCUUCUCUGAUUUCUUCAAAUUCUAGUAGAACUAUGAUGACUUAGAAUUCCAGACACUAAGAUUCUGGUCCUAGUUCAUUUUGCUCCUAACAAGCUCUGUGGUUGAGCAAAUAAAGUAAACUAAUGCCUUGGGUACCUUAUUUAUUUGAAAAUGACGGUGCUACUGUUAAGUCAAGUGAACAUCCUUAUUAGUGUUUUGGUAAGCUCAAAAUGAAACAAGAUCUGAAAAGUCAUUUGAAUAAAAAUCAUAUAGAGUUGACAACAGCAGUGACCAGUGCCUUUUUAUUAGCAAAAGUGAUCCUCUCAAAGCUUUUCUCACAAGGGGCUUUUGGCUAUGUGCUGCCCAUCAUUUCCUUCAUCCUUGCCUGGAUCGAGACAUGGUUCCUGGACUUCAAAGUGUUACCUCAAGAGGCAGAAGAAGAAAACAGAUUCUUGAUAGUUCAGGAUGCCUCGGAGAGGGCGGCGCUGAUACCUGGGGGUCUUUCUGAUGGUCAGUUUUAUUCUCCUCCUGAAUCUGAAGCAGGAUCUCAAAAUGAAGCUGAAGAAAAGCAGGACAGUGAAAACCACUUUUAGAGCUAUGAGUAAGACUUUUGUUAAAUGUGAAAAACCUUCAUUGAAAGUCACCAGAAAGAAAAAGGAACUGGAGAUGGGGGUCUCCCUAUUGAAGGCUGAAAUGGUGACAACCACUGCUGACAUUAUUGAACGGCUAAUAAAGAAUUUAUUUAUUGUAACACCUCACAGACAUGGUACCAUACCCACAUCCAUUUAUGUCACCUGCCUGUGGCUGGUAAGAUAAUGUCGUGGUCCACCCUGUGUUCAGUGAGACUGGAUCUGAUCUGUCAGUGAAUAGUUGCAGACAGUCUUGUGCUGUGUUCCUGAUCAAAAAGGCUUCUUAAUAUAUUGGAAUAACACUUUUUUAGUAUGCAAAAUAUCUUUAUUUUGAUUUGCAGAAUGGAAAUUUUUUGUCUCAUGUUUCAAAUUUCUUUUGUAUUUCUUUUUUAACUCCCUACAUUUCCCUUGUGUUUUUUAACUCAUGCACAUGCGCUAUUUGUACAGUUUUAAAAGGUAAUAAAAUCCAACAUAUCAAAAUGAUUAGUUUUAUUUUUC